AAACUUCGCACACGGAUUUUCGCUGAAGGGGGAUCUUGUAAGUCGACCGCAGUUUCAAAGACACGCAACGAAUUCCUCGUCUUCAACCCGUUCCAUUGCCCAUUCAAUACCGUCGCAAUGGCAGGCGUCAGACUCCAGUACCGUCGCCGAAAUCCAUACAACACCUCCUCCAACAACGUCCGAGUCAUCAAGACCCCCGGCGGAAAACUUCGUCUUCUCCACAUCAAGAAGCGCGGCACAGCCCCCAAAUGCGGUGACUGCGGCAUCAAACUACCAGGCGUCCCCGCCCUACGACCCAGAGAGUAUGCCACCACCAGCAGACCAAAGAAGACCGUACAACGUGCCUAUGGCGGCUCAAGAUGCGCCAACUGCGUACGGGACCGCAUCGUCCGCGCUUUCUUGAUCGAGGAGCAGAAGAUCGUGAAGAAGGUGCUGAAGGAGACGCAGGAGAAGAAGACGGGGAAGAAAUAGAAUGGUGCUAAGGGGAGCGAGAGGAAGACGGCCACCACUUCAUUUUCACGAGACAUGGGGUCAUGCUUGUGACUGAAGCUUGCAUGAGUUUGCGGUGAUGGUGGGAGAGCAUAUGGCAAAGGCAGGAUUUCGACGUGUGCAUGAUAACAGCGGUCCUCUAGUAUCACCAAGGUGGUUGGGGCCGGGCCAGGGAGCAUCUGAAAAAGAAGACAACAAUAUCUACGUGUUGGCGGCCAAAGUCACUGCGAAGUGCCCUGUGCACUGGGGAAUGUCACUGUCGAAGUCCCACUACAAAUGGUCGCGUUAGCUGUUCACCUGGGGAACCCAGACAGUCUACAUAUCAUUGCAAAGGACUAUGGCUUGUGUGCACCGUUUCUGGCCUACGUAAUUCUUCUUGUUCCAUGCGCCCGACUUGUUCUCAGUGUCACUGUACGACCCUCGUGCUCGAGCCGCCGAAGUUUAGUCUGAGUGGUUGCUCAUGCUCGCGAGACGGGAAAUAGUGCUGGGGGUUCCCACGGGGGCUAUCUCGAAAGCCAGCGGCGUACAAAGCAGGAAUAACUCCGGCAACAAGACCAUAUCACAUGGUCUGCAGGCGUUUGACAACUUCAUCUUCCAGUAAAGUGUUAGUAUAGUAGCGUUCUAUCUUUCGACCCAUACUCACCUCAGACGACCGCACCCGUGCGUGCAGGCUCGUCCAACGCCCAUAGGUCCGGAGCAGUGAU